UGGAAACCACAAUAUAUUACCCUCCAGGUUUUCCUCUCAACACGGUGAUUCAUAAACUCAAAAUAGCAAGACGGAGAUAAGAAUAACUAGAGAGAGAGAGAGAGAUGGCAUGGUUUCCAGUUAUUAGUAUGAAGAAGCUCAAUGGAGAAGAAAGGGCUGCAACAAUGGAGAAGAUCAAAGAUGCUUGUGAAAACUGGGGUUUCUUUGAGCAGGUUAAUCAUGGGAUUUCUCCCGAAUUCAUGGACAACGUAGAGAGGAUGACAAAGGAACACCACAGAAAAUGCAUGGAACAAAGAUUUAAGGAAAUGGUGGCGAGUAAAGGACUUGAAGCUGUUCAAUCUGAAAUCAAUGAUUUAGACUGGGAAAGUACCUUCUUCCUCCGCCAUCUUCCUGUUUCAAACAUAGCAGAAGUCCCUGAUCUUGAAGAUGAUAACAGGAAGACUAUGAAGGAAUUUGCAGCACAACUAGAGAAAUUGGCUGAGCAUCUUCUUGAUUUGCUUUGUGAAAAUCCUGGACUAGAGAGAGGCUAUCUGAAAAAGGUAUUCUAUGGCUCUAAAGGCCCUACCUUCGGAACCAAGGUCAGCAAUUAUCUCCCAUGCCUCCAGCCGGAUCUCAUCAAAGGACUUCGAGCACACACCGACGCCGGUGGCAUCGUCCUACUUUUCCAGGGUGGCAAGGUCAGUGGCCUCCAGCUUCUUAAAGACGGUGAACGGGUUGAUGUCCCACCUAAGCACCACUCCAUUGUCAUCAACAUUGGCGACCAACUCGAGGUGAUUACAAAUGGAAAGAAUAAGAGUGUGAUGCACAGAGUGAUUGCGCCCACAGAUGAAAAUAGAAUUUCCCUUGCAUCAUUCUACAAUUCUGGAAGUGAUGCUGUGAUUUAUCUAGCAUCGGCAUUGGUAGAGAGCGAAGAGAAUAAAGAUUUGUACUCAAAAUUCGUGUUUUCGGACUACAUGAAGCUCUAUGCUGGUCUCAAAUUCCAGGCUAAAGAACCAAGAUUUGAAGCCGUGGAAAACACAAAUAAUUUGGGUCCAAUUGCUAUUGUUUAAGCUCCCGUUUGAUCCCCAUUAAUUUUCAUUCCAUUAUAUUUCAUUUUUCUCUUUUUUAUUUUCAAUCACACAAUUUUUCAUAAAAUAAUAUUAUAUAUAAAUUGAAAAAUUUCUUUAUUUUUUCAACCACUCUUUUUCAAAAAGACGCUAUUCCACCCAUUCUCAUUAUUAAAAAAUGGGGGCCAAAUAAGUGCUAAGUAGUAAUUGGAUUAAAGUUCACUAUUGAAAAGUCUUCAUCUCCUCAGUCCAAUCUUAAUAUAGUCCUCUUAUAUUUGGAAGGAUUGUGAGCUUAUAAAAUUUUCUCUGCUGAUCAAAGAAUUUAUAUCUGUCCUGAAUUCUACUGUAUUUACUAUUUACAGAGUAAGAAGCCAAUCUUGAAGGGUAAUUCAGUGAUCAA